UUCAUUUCGGAAGUCUUCGUCUUCCCAGAAUUAUUUGUAAAUGAUGGAUAAAUAAACAAACCGCCAUCAAACAUAUCAGUUGACUGAAACUUUUUGAACAGAAAGUAUCAUUCUCACUGCUGUGACAGCCACCAGUUAAAAGCAUUACUAAGUAUGGCUAGCCAAUCUAUUCCUGGACCAAUUGUCAGGCAACCAUCAUCUCCUACCUUGGGUGGGACCGGAGAGAGAAGGGCACAGAGGGGAACAUCGUUUGAGGAGGAAAGACAACCAUCAAUCCAAGUAAUGGACAGAUUGGAACGUUCAAUAGACGAGGACCAAGAAGGAUCUAGUGAUAAGAAAAAAAUAAAAACAAAACGCAAUUCGAUUCGUAUUAUCAUUUUCAGGGUCAUCUCGGCAAUAUUAAUUAUUGCAGACUGUGUUUCUGACUGGCUGCAGUAUUACGGAAUUGAUACAACGCCGUUAGACGUUUUACUUGAUCCCAAAGGGGUUGUUAAAGGAUUGUUUGGCAGUUCACCGCAAGCAUCGAACCAAACUUGCAUGAGUAAGAGUGAUGUUGGUGAUCAGUUCAUGUACUUUACAAUAGCAGGAACAGGGGGAGCCUUAAUCCAACUUGCAAAUAUUAUCUUCCAGAUUUACAGCGAAGUUCAGUAUCUUAAAAAGAAAAAGCAAUUUAGCGAAGACAACGACGGCACUCCUAAAAAACUACUGGAUGGUAGAACAGAAACUCUUUAUUCCUUACUUUUCAUAGAAAUACCACAAGCAAUUCUUCUCCUGAAGUACCAAGAUGUAUGCCUACCGAGUUUGAAGGCUCGUAAAAAAGAUAAACGUCGCGCUAAACAAUUCGUUAAACAGCGUGUUUUGGCUGUCGUUAAUGGUGGUAUUGCACUUUUGAACAAUGCAUUUCGUUAUAUAACAUGCUCUAAAUGUUGCGAAGAAGAUAUUGAAGACACAACUUGCGGAUGGUGCCGUGUCGCUACAGAAAAGUAUAUGGAUUGUUUUAGCAGCGCUAGAGAAAAAUGUGUUGUUUGUGCUGGCAGCUAUAAACCAAAGUCCAAAAAGCCAAAAAAAUCCAUUGAUUGUUUAAGUUGUUUUAGUGGCGCUGGUGGAAAGUGUGGUGGUUCUUUUUGGAAUCUACUUACAUGCUUCUUUCCAUGUUUGUGCUUUUUUUCCCGAUACGAAUCCCCUAUGUUGUGUGGCAUUUGUGGAAAGAAAUGCAUCAUUGAUAAGUGUAAAUGCUCUACUGAACCGUGGUCCUACAAGCUUUCCGUAUGUGGAUUCUGUUAUUGCCACCACUGCCCAUUUGUAGACCCAGAUGAUCCCGAAGGUGGUGGACAAAAAUGCUGCGAUGUGACAAGAGGAUGUUUGUAUACGAAUGCCCCAUGUUGUGUUGUAUUUGUGGAAAUCAAUGCGUCAUUGAUAACUGCAAAUGCUCUACCGAACCGUGGUCUUACAAGCUUUCCUUGUGUGGACUCUGUAAUUUCCACCUCUGCCCACUUGUAA